CUGGUACGGACCUGGCUCGGUUCCCACGGUUUUCUGUCUCUGCCUACACAGGUACAGACGUCGGAGACUAACCACGGGAAUGGAACUGACAGGUCGACGUUUGGCAAGCGUCUGGGUUUAACUCCGGUCGGUUUUCCCCGUAAUGUCAUUCAUUCUCUUGGAGGGUGUGCCGGUCACCACGCCUCGCUUUGUGCUAGUCGACCAGCAGACCUCUACGUUUAGUGCUCCCACUUAUCUCCUCUAAAGACCCCUUCGCGAUCCUCGAGGGCCUUCCCUUGCUCUCUUCACGAUAUCUGCCAGUCCUCCGAUACCCACCCUAGACGACGACGCUUAAGCUUAACCGUCCAGCAUAACGAUUACGCGCAACGCGAAACGUAAUACUUAAAAAGACACUCGGCCCGAAGAAAUCGUUUGCCGCCGAGGUCAGUCUGGUUGACUGUCGGGAUGGCUCUUAUCAUCCAGGCUAUGAAAACAGUACGCUGUUAGGUAUUACACGCGUGUGGAAACGCUAGACCGAGUCCGCUCUUCCUUCCCAAGGCGCGCCCAUGAAUUUACCGCCCCGGCUAUCACGUUGAGCUAAUAUAUCUCCCUUCGAUUUUGUGAACGUGUGUCUCGAGAGGGCGUCUAAUUCCCUUCACCGGACCCCGUGGAAGUAUGGCAGAAGCACUUAGCCUACCAUAUCGCGCGAGCUUUCCUCGUCUACGACUGCGAGCUCUCCUCUCGCACGAAAGCGUCGUCCCUUUUCGUCUUUGCGAGGACGUGGCGGAUGGCCGUGCACUAGUACACAUCUUGCCAGGUUGACCAUAAUAUCAAGAUGGAUAUAAAGAAUAUACAAGUCCCUGGCCCCUCCCCGAGCGGCUUGGCAGACUGACUUAAUGAUCUCGAAGUAUAUCAUGGACCAGCUCGUUGACGAGUCCGGAUACAGCGAAGAGGGUCGACUGCGACAGAACAUGAACUCGGAUGAUCUUCUGAGCCUUUCCAAUUUCUUGUGGGUCGUUCAUACGGCCGCCUAUCCUCUCGAACGACAUCUCCUUCAGCUUUGGUGCAUGAUCUUGUUCUGUGCUUCUACGACGGCGCGCCGGGACCGUGGUCAAGUCCAGCUGCUACUAUGGUUACAAUGACGCCGUACAACACAGAGACAUCCGGCUGUACGCCCUGCCCGACCCGGACAGCCCGUCGCAAGGCGUGAAGUUGGGCAUGCUCGUCAGGCUCCGUCUCCUCAAGGGUCGGCGAAACAGAGGCAAUCCGCCCUGGAUCUAGUUCGUCGAGCGUCGUGUCGUGACACGCCGUCGUUCUGCCUCGUCAAAUUCGUCCUUGGGUUUGCUUUUCGCGAUUCGGCCUUUGCGAGCCUACGAAUCCGCGAUCCCAUCGACUUAUGGACCAUCAAAAUCCCCGAUAGGUUGAAGUCUGUUCCUAUCGAGGAUGGUUGCGGGCGAAUGGAAGCACAAAGAUCGUGCUACCGUUGUAGGUUAGAUCACCAGUGAUUGGAAUGGCGUAGCGGUUGUCGGACCGGGGCGGCAGGGCCCUCACUUGACAUACCACAGCACCUUAUCGCCAGCAAACAAAACUUUCUGUAGUUGGGAUCCAUGAUGAGAUGCCACCAGAGCGCUGUUGUCGAAUUGAGCAUGUGCCAUUUCUCAGUCAGAUCACACAUGUAGUCUCGGGCGUCCAAAAACAGGCAGGUGGGCCGAACUUUGGGCAAAAUGCAGUCUCCUCUGCGCGGAUGUGAAAACAGGGAACCCUGCUGACGAGAACGUCGAGCGCGGCCACCGCUUAAUUUCCUGCAAUCUAGGUACCUGGUAUCCAAACCUUGAUCGAGAGACCGUCAGCCCCCUUUCUUGCGGAUCAAGAACAGAACCAUACUAGGAGCUGUCAGCUCUAUACUACCAUACAUUUGUCAUGUCAUCGGACGACGAUGUGUCGCUCUCAGCCUUGGAAGGGUACCUUCCCCCGACUACGUUUUUCAAACCCCUGUUCAGACGAAGAGGCGACCCAGAAGACAUGGCCACUGCAGUCAAGCUUUCUGAAAUUGUCGAGGAUCUUUCCAAGCUCAAUCAGGCUUUCCAACAGUCCGAGUCGAUCUUCCAGGACGGAAUGGGAACGAAAGUGUUUCGCCAUGGAAACAUUGUUCUUAAGUUUGGAUUGGGGGUGAGUCCCUUCGAGGCGAAAACUCUUCAGUUUAUGUGCCAGACGACCAAUGUUCCGGUUCCGUGGCUAUAUCGUGAUCAUGUCCAUGCCGAUGGAACAGCAGUUCUUGCCAUGGAAUACAUUGAAGGCCAUGUCUUAUCCGAACUAUGGCCGAGUUUACGUCCCGACGAGAAGAUGAACAUUGUCGGACAGCUUCGGGAGAUUCUUGACGAGAUGCGGCGACACCGGAGUAAUAUUAUCGGAGGCAUUCAUGACACUCCUGCAGUUGACGCCCGCAAAUCUAGGCACAAGGGCGGCCCGUUCGCUACCGAGCAAAGAUUUAAUGAGUUUCUACGAUCGGAUAUGAUCCCCAAUGCUCCGAGGUUAUACUAUUCAAUGCUAGAACGAGCCAUGAAGAACGACCACGAUAUCGUUCUUACUCACGGUGAUAUCAAUCCACGAAACAUUAUGGUCAACGAUGGUCAGAUUGUGGCUAUACUCGACUGGGAAACUGGGGGAUGGUAUCCAGAGUAUUGGGAGUACAUAAAGUUCUUCAAUGCAUUGGACUCUUCGCUGGAUUGGGUCGACUAUGCUGAUAAGAUAUUCUCUAAGACCUACAUUGGUGAAUUUCUAGCCGACAGUUUUCUCGAGCGCUUUCUCCGUCACUAAGCCAUGGAUUUGGGUACUUAUUUACUGUGGUGUGGCAACGGUAUGACGGCUACCUGGAGCUUCUCUGUCAAUACUAUAGGUAGGCAGAAAGCAAUCCUGACUACAGCUCUCUGCCCAUGUCUCGCCCAUCAUCUCGCCGUGUUCACCGUAUCCAUCAUUGCGGCAUCUGCCGCGGAUCGAGCAUGCUCAGUGAUCCAAUUCUUUGCACAGAUCGCCCGGAGCGCAUCACUGACCCAGUUUUGACAGUUCCAAUCUCCACCACUUCGGAUAUGUGUCCCAAAUACUACUGCUCCAAUUUGGGCCAUGGUCUUCCCGGUGAUAUUCGCCACAAAGAUCUCUUUGAGGAACCUCACACUCUGAUCUGGGCGAGUAUUCUCUCUCAUAUCCUUGCGAAAGUGAGGUGCCUCGCCGACAAUGUGCACCAUUAAAUUUGACCCGUCACUCAUCUCGAUCAAGAGAGCUGUAUGUCGUCUGCUUGGCGUAUCUGGUGUACCCCGAAAGAUCAUGAUCUUCAGCGUGGCCGGCAUGACUGAACCUUGUCAUUCUACUUAGUUCGACAUUCAGGACAAGUCUCACUUGGAGUAACGUCACAUCCGUCUCCUUGGUGUGUAUAGAAUAGCCGUCAAUCCUGAGGUAGGAUAUGACCAAAUCCGGUUUGGCACGGCAGUGUCGAGCCGGAGUGCGUGACGCUGUAUUGGAUUAAAUGGAAGACUUAUUGGACCUCUGCAAGCGGUAUUGACGACAUGAAUUGGCUUCCGGCAUCUCUGGCAGUGAUCCAAGCCCGCGCCGUCGGCGCAGCUCACGAUAGAAUUACGACUUGAAAGAGAAGGACCACCACGGGAAGGUGAUGCUGGUUAAGAACGUAGAUUAAGUCUGUUGAGGAACAAAUUGAGAUAACCAAUGUCUAGGCGAGCACGAGAUCUAAAUACGAUAGGCACUUUUCUAGCACACAAGGUUAUCUUGAAUACUAACUCGC